AGAAAACCAAAAUGAGAUCAUGAAGGAGUCAGAAACGACUGAACAACAAGAAGAAAGAGAAAAGUGAGGAGAGGGUACAAAUGUCAGAAGGGAGGAGAUAGUAUCAAAAAAGAUGUGGAAAAUCAGUCCAAAGUAAGGUCCAGAUGAAAGGACGUCACCUCCUAACUUUAAAAGAUUUUACAGGAGAAGAAAUUAAGUAUUUGCUGUGGCUAUCAGCAGAUCUGAAGUACAGAAUAAAACAGAAAGGAGAGUAUUUGCCAUUGUUACAAGGGAAAUCUCUCAGCAUGAUUUUUGAGAAAAGAAGCACCAGAACAAGAUUAUCCACAGAAACAGGAUUUGCUCUGCUUGGAGGUCACCCUUGCUUCCUGACAACCCAAGAUAUUCAUUUGGGAGUGAAUGAAAGUCUCACAGACACCGCAAGGGUGCUGUCUAGCAUGACAGAUGCGAUUCUGGCUCGAGUAUAUAAACACUCUGAUCUGGACCACCUGGCCAAAGAAGCUUCAGUACCAAUAGUUAAUGGAUUGUCAGAGAUGUACCAUCCUAUCCAGAUUCUGGCUGAUUACCUCACUCUACAGGAACAUUAUGGUUAUCUGAAAGGCCUCACACUCAGCUGGAUUGGUGAUGGGAACAAUAUCCUUCACUCCAUCAUGAUGAGUGCUGCUAAAUUUGGAAUGAAUCUGCAGGUGGCUACGCCCAAGGGUUAUGAACCAGAUCCUGGUAUCACCAAACUAGCAGAAAAAUAUGCCAAAGAGCAUGGUACCAAGCUGUCUCUGACAUCUGAUCCAAUGGAAGCAGCCCAGGGGAGCAAUGUCUUAAUUACAGACACCUGGAUAAGCAUGGGACAAGAGGAAGAGAAGAACAAGAGGCUACAAGACUUUCGAGGCUACCAGAUAACAAUGAAGACAGCAGGAGUAGCUGCUCCCAACUGGACAUUUCUACACUGCUUGCCCAGAAAACCAGAAGAAGUGGAUGAUGAAGUAUUUUAUUGUCCAAAGUCACUUGUAUUUCCAGAAGCAGAAAACAGGAAAUGGACAAUUAUGGCUGUCAUGGUUUCCCUGCUGACAGAUUACUCACCGCAGCUGCAGAAGCCUACAUUUUGAUGCUUUGGCUCCGACCAAAGAGGAAAAAAUAUUCUGUAACAGCAGAAUAUUUUAGUCCAUGGAGAGGAGGAGGGAGAGGAGGAAGAAGAUCAAAGAAACACGAGCCAUUCCCUAAUAUAGCCAAUAGGUGGAUUGUACAAAUUCGUGUUGCCGCUGUGAAAUCCCAUCCAAUACUGAAGCUGUCAUUUGGACUUUUUUUUAAUCUUUAAAAGCUCCAUAGGAUUUGUGUUUAGCUUGUACUUUUUAACUGUCAUUUAGUGAAUGAAUGUGAGCAUUCAUUUAGCCAUUGUUUGCCACCUCAGCCCAAGAAAAUAGAACUCACAAAGCAGGUUUUAGGUCUCAUUUGUAACAGCCUAAAGGAUCAUCCUUACAGUGAUUUGCACAUGAAAAUUUCACCCCUGAUCAGCUGUUGAAUAGAUCUGUAAUAAUAAAAAAUAUAAUAAUAAAUAAUAAUAAAAACAUUA